UUCCGAACAAGUACUCGACAGCUCUCCUCACAACAUGCAUCUCCUUCCGUCGUCGUCGUCGUCGUCUCGUCUUCGCCUCCUCUCCUUGGCUCUUCUCCUCCACGUAUCAUUUGGCGUCGCCGCAGUCGAUCCUCUCUACGCUGUUUGCUCGACCUCUAGAAACUACACAGCAAACGACGGCUUCAGCGACAACUUGCGUCAACUCAUGUUCAUGCUCGCUACAAAAUCCUCACCCAUCGGCUUCGCGCUUGGCUCCGUCGGCCAAGGCGGUGCUAGGGCGAACGGGCUCGCACUGUGUCGGGGCGACAUCAAGAGCACAGCGUGCACGACGUGCGUCCGCACAGCCGGCGCACGAGUCCGCGAUUUGUGCCCCAACAACAAGGACGGGAUCAUAUGGUUCGAUGAGUGCAUGUUGCGGUACUCGGACGUCGAGUUCUUCGGAGAGAUCGACUUUGACCAUAGGUUCUACAUGUGGAACAGGGAGAACGUUUCUGACGCUGUCAUGUUCGAUGGCAAGGUGGAGAACUUGAUGAACAGGCUGAAGCAGAAGGCGUACAUCUCGCCGCUGUUGUUUGCCACCGGAGAGAUGGAGAUCGGAGAGUCGCAAGAGCUCUACGGAUUGGUUCAGUGUACGAAAGAUCUAUCUGGCGGUGACUGCAAGAAGUGCCUCGAAGCCGUCAUUGGUGAGCUUCCCAGCUGCUGCGAUGGGAAGCGAGGAGGAAGGGUGGUAGGCGGCAGCUGUAAUAUAAGAUAUGAGUUGUACCCCUUCUUUGAUGCUUAGGGCGUUGACCAUUCAUUCUGUGCAUCUGUGUACACAACAAUAAGCAUUGAUUACAUUAUAACUUUCCACA